UUCAUAUCCAAUCCAAAAGGUAUAUCGCUUUCACCAAUAUCUUCUAUCAUUCUGUCAAACCACCUUAUCAAAAAUCUCUCUCUCUCUCUCUCUGUAUGUGUUUAAAGUUUCCAAUGAAGCAUAAUGGAAAUAGAAGUGUAGACUCUAACAUAAGUAAUAGUAUCGGGUACUUACAGCACAAUAAAAAUGGCAGCCACUAGGACAGUUUUUCUGCUGCAGCUGCUCCUGCUCCAGCAUUUAGUUUUAACAUCUUCCUUUGUAGUUUCAGGUCACCACCGCCAUCUCCACCAUUCGUUGCUAAAAGACAAGGCUGCUCUUCUAGCAUUUAGGAAGACCAUAGUUUUCGAUCCCAAUUCUAGGCUUGCAAACUGGAUUGGAGCAGUAGAAGUUUGCAACUUUACAGGGGUCACAUGUGACAGGCGUCAUCAUCACCGUGUGGUAAAACUCAAUCUGACAAGCAGUGAACUCACUGGUCCACUGUCACCAAUCAUUUCAAACCUCACAGGGCUUCGAGUCCUCAACCUCAUUGAAAAUAACUUCUUUGGAAUCAUCCCUCCUGAAUUGUCUUCUCUUCGACACCUGCGUCAUCUCCAGUUAGACAUGAAUAAUCUACAAGGCUCAUUGCCAAAGUCCUUUGCCCUUCUUUCCAAACUCACUUUGAUAACUAUCAUGGAUAACAAAUUGACAGGUGAACUUCCACCUACCUUAUUCUCCAACUGUACUUCAUUAGGAAAUGUUGACCUGUCCUAUAAUUUUCUCACAGGAAAAAUUCCCCAAGAAAUUGGAAAUUGUCCACACCUGUGGACCAUUAAUUUGUACAACAAUCAAUUUACAGGAGAGCUUCCUGUAUCUUUAACCAAUAUUUCAGUUGAUCUCUACAAUAUAGACGUGGAGUAUAACCAUCUUUCUGGUGAAUUGCCUGCAAACAUUAUAGGGAAACUACAAGCACUUGGCUUCCUCCAUUUAUCAUACAACCAUAUGUAUAGUCACAACAAAAACACUAAUCUUGAGCCAUUCUUCAAUGCACUUGGAAAUUGCACUGACCUAGAGGAGCUCGAAUUGGCAGGCAUGGGACUCGGAGGAAGCAUGCCUAGUUCCAUUGGCCAACUUAGUACCACAAUGCAUUCCCUGGUGCUGCAAGAAAACCAGAUCUAUGGAUCAAUCCCUUCGGGUAUAGGAAAUCUUUCUGGCCUUACACUGCUGAAUUUGACAUCCAAUUAUCUAAAUGGAACAAUUUCAGCAAAGAUCAGUCAAUUGCUCAACCUCGAACAACUUUUUUUAUCGCACAAUUUGUUCACUGGGGCAAUUCCAGCAGCAUUAGGCCAAUUUCCUAAACUUGGUCUCAUUGAUCUAUCAAAUAAUCAAUUCUCUGGUGAAAUACCUGCAAGUCUAGGAAACUUGGUAAAAGUGAAUUCUAUGUUUCUCAACAACAACAACCUUUCAGGAACCAUACCUCCAACAUUAGGGCAGUGCAUUGAUCUGUACAAGUUAGACUUGUCCUAUAACAGAUUGACAGGGAGCAUCCCUCCACAAAUAUCAGGUUUACAUGAGAUCCGGAUAUUCCUAAAUCUUUCACACAAUCGUCUAGAAGGGCCUUUGCCAAUCGAACUCAGCAAGCUGGAAAAUGUUCAAGAGAUCGACGUUUCUUCAAACAACUUGACUGGAAGUAUCUUCGUUCAAAUGUCAAGCUGCAUUGCAUUGAGGAUGAUAAAUUUCUCACACAAUUCUCUUGAAGGGGACCUACCUGUUUCACUUGGUGAUCUGAAGAACCUUGAAUCUUUUGAUGUUUCCAAAAACCACCUCUCUGGAACAAUCCCAGUCAGCCUCAACAAAAUUCCAACCCUCACGUACCUUAAUCUUUCUUUUAACAACUUUCGCGGAGCAAUUCCCUCUGGUGGUGUGUUCGAUUCAGUUACAUAUGCAUCAUUCUUAGAAAAUUUGGACCUUUGCGGCGCAGUUCCUUGCAUGCCUGCUUGCGCCCAUAAGAGACGUUGGUUUCGUUCACAAAAGUUCUUGAUUAUAUUUGUCCUAGUUAUAUUAGUAUCAGCAUUCUUAUCAUCGGUAUGCUGUGCAAUUGGAAUCCGCCGUUUCAAAGUAAUUAUUUCGUCUCGAAAUUCAGUGAGAAGUGAGAGAACAAGCAAACCAACGGUGCCUGAAUUGAUCCACAAUUUUCCAAGAAUUACAUAUAGAGAACUGUCAGAGGCCACUGAAGGAUUUGAUGGACAGAGACUAAUUGGUAUAGGUAGUUAUGGACGUGUCUAUAAGGGAAUUCUUCCAGAUGGGACUCCCAUAGCUGUGAAGGUAUUGCAGUUCCAAUCUGGAAAUUCAACAAAGAGUUUUAACAGAGAAUGCCAAGUGUUGAAAAGGAUUCGACACAGGAAUUUGAUAAGGAUCAUAACAGCAUGUAGUCUUCCUGAUUUCAAGGCUCUUGUCCUUCCAUAUAUGGCAAAUGGAAGUCUGGACAGCCGUCUGUACCCACAUUCAGGUACAGGUUUGUGUUCAGGCUCUUCUGAUUUGACUCUUAUCCAGAGAGUGAAUAUUUGCAGUGACAUAGCUGAGGGGAUGGCUUAUCUGCAUCACCAUUCCCAUGUUAAAGUCAUACAUUGUGAUCUAAAGCCAAGCAAUGUUCUUCUCAAUGAUGACAUGACAGCUCUGGUUUCUGACUUUGGCAUUGCAAGGUUAGUUUUGACAGUUGGGGGUGGAAAUGCUGGGGUAGUUGAGAAUGUGGGCAACUCUACUGCAAAUUUGCUAUCUGGAUCUAUCGGAUAUAUUGCACCAGAGUAUGGGUUCGGUUCAAACACAUCUACUAAAGGAGAUGUUUAUAGCUUUGGUGUUGUAGUUCUUGAGAUGGUCACUAGAAAAAGACCGACAGAUGACAUGUUUGCUGGUGGGCUAAACCUGCAUAGAUGGGUGAAGAGUUACUACCAUGGUAGAAUGGAACAGGUGAUAGACUCUUCUUUGUUGAGAGCUGCAAGAGAUCAAUCCCCUGAAGUAACGAAGAUGUGGGAAGUUGCAAUAGGAGAAUUAAUUGAGUUGGGUAUUCUUUGCACUCAAGAGUCCCCUUCCACAAGACCUACAAUGCUUGAUGUAGCUGAUGACUUGGAUCGACUAAAGAGGUAUCUUAGUGGAGAUACAACUGCAACAUUUGCAUCUUCAUUGGGAAUUUCAUCAUCCACCACAGGAGAUGACUAAUGACUUGCCAAUUUGUUGUAUUGUAAAUUGCAUUAAUUCUCCAAUUUAACCUUUUCUUUUCCUGACCUGUCAAGAACUUUAACUUGACUUCUCACCUCUCUCGACCAAGUCAUUUAUGCAUGAAUUUUUUUUAUAAA